ACCACCGCCGUCAGUGACGACGCAGAAAGUCGGAUAGCCGAAGCUCGACACCGCCAUGAAUCUGCCGCCAGCCAUCAUCCGUUGAAACAUAUUGUACACUCACAUACACAUUCUCCGGCGCAUCCAGACCUUCCCCUCCGCCGUCUCCCCUUGUCCGACGCCGACACCUCUGUCAUCUCACACUUCUUCCUCUCACCGGUCGGCUUUUCCUCGACGUUGACGUCGUCUUCAUCCACGUCCGUUGCAACGACGCGCGGCACCGGAGAGAUUGAGUUCGUCUUCUCUAUUCACGGCCCAAGCUAUGCGACUAGCCAUAGCGUCUCGCGAGUAUUGACGGCAGAUGGUAGCCAAAAUAUGAAGACGUCUCCAGUAUCAAGCGCCUCCGACGAUGGGUUGUCCGAUACGGCGGCUGGUGGUGUAGCCGAAAUAUAUAUGUACACUGUUAAUCUUUCUAUUGUUCAGUUCUUCGUCUUUCUUGUCACGGGAAAGUGUAGAUCGGGGAGCCUCCAAGCGGCCCAAGGAGUGGCGAAAAGAAAAGAUUGGCACCUGAAAUCUUUCUACCAGUAU